AUGGAGUCUCAAAUAUUAUUAUUCGUAUUUUUGGUACUAACUGCUCUAGUUGGAUUUGGACAGAGUCAACCAUUUUUUGGAUCACUACCUCCUCGUCCAACUACAGGUGUGAGGCUGUUUCUUGGUGAGGAGAAUGUGACUAUUGCUAAUUUCUCAAUGAUAGCUGCUGGUCUAUUUCAUGAUACUGAUAUUGAUGAGCCUGGUAAUGCUGUUAGUCCUGAUGGUCAGAAUGAUGGUUUGUGGUGUCAGAGUUCUCUUAAUCAGAAUAUGAUAGGAACAUGGUAUUAUCCUGAUGGAACAACUGUACCAUUAGGUUCUGGUAGUCCUCUGUUUGCUAACAACACUGCUACUGGUCAAAUUGGUUUGUUAAGAAAUGGUGGAAUAGGAGGUAUUCAAGGACUAUACAGUUGUGUUAUACUUAAUGAAGAAGGAAUUGAUCAGACGCUGUAUGUUGCUGCUUAUGGUAAUGGGGAUUUUGCUAAAGAUGACGAUCUUCCAAUGAUUGAUGGUAGUGGUUCCUCCUUCCAGCUCCUCUCAUCAGUUGAUGCUGAUCCUCCAGUGUUUAGUUUAUCAUUUAAUGUCAAUAACAGGCCACCAACAAUAGUCACUUGCUCUGUUGAUAAUGGAACCCAGUUUAAUGUAUCUGAUAAUGAUCUGAUACGUACUGUAACACCAGUUAAUAAUGAUGUACAAGUACAAGUAUUAGCAAUGUUUAGAAUGAGAGUGUCUGGCCUAUAUACCUGUUCUGUUACUACUGACAGAAUUGCAAAUUCAUCUUUAGUAUCUACCAGCAUGGCGAUGAGGAGCAUUACUGUUACUGGAUCUCCAUCAAACUUGACCUAUAGCAGACCUAGUCUUCGCUCAGUUGCACUGGAUUGGUCUCCCUCAGCAGUGAUUAAUGCUCAGUAUCAUGUCUUUGUUAAUAACAGUAAUGGUGUUAUUGUGAAUUACAACACUGCAAAUACUGAGCUGUCUCUCUCAUUGCAUCCUAAUGAUGAAUAUAAUAUUAGACUAGUAGCUACUGGUGAAGAUCUACCUAGUGAAAUAAUCACUGUUACUGUUCCUCAAGUUGUUUGUAUUGAAGCACAAGGGCCAGUUAUGAUGCCAUUGGAUCAUUCUUCUUCCUUUUCAUUAACCUGUACAUUGAUAUUGGCUCCUGAAGUGAAUGAUACUAUGGUGGAAAUAUUCUGGGCAAGUCCUGAUCUCAUUCCCUUCAAUUCUACAGAUGAUGAAGACAUAUUUUUAGAUAGUUUAGAGCCUACAAUGAUACCAGUUAUUGAUACUGUUGUACAUACACUUAUUCUAAACUUCAGUUCAUUGCAAGCAUCACAAGUUGGAGAAUAUGUUUGUGGGGCUCAACUAAAUGAUGGUAUUGAUACUGUUCGUAUAACAUCAAAUUAUUCUGUAUCUGUGCAAGCAUCUACUCCUGUGGUCACAUCUCGUCUCAAUACAACAGGACGUAUUUUUGAGAGCAAUGACAUUCAGUUAUUGUGUUUUGUCACUUUUACUCCACUAGACGUUGAGCCUAAUGUUAACAUUAGUUGGUUUGGACCUAAUGGACUCAUUACAAUGAAUGAUGCUAAGUAUAGCAUUAGUACUGGGGAGAUCAACCCUACUACUAACGGUAGUAGCUUAACAUUCACUGCAUCUCUAUCAGAUAAUGGAACUGAUUACUAUUGUACUGCUAGUGUUGGACCUGCUAGUACUGUAAAUGGGUUUGAACUGAUUAUACCAUCAGAUACUGUUACAUCAACUAGUACUAAUGUCAUUGUGGAAAUUGUGCCUUUACCAAUGAUUGACAUAAUGGAUGUUGGUAUUCCAGUAACAGGAGAUUCAUUCCAUAUAGUGUUUAGUGUGACUUCUAAUACUCCUUUUAUAAUAGCAGGGAAUGAUAAUAGCAGUGCAGUUACAUUAACUGUAGCAAGGUUUGAUAUCAAUCAUGUUGAUAUAAGUAUCAAUAUUCCUUCUGUUCCUGUUGCUGGUGAUGUAUUCAAUUUAUCUUGUAUUAUAGUUGUACCUCCUAAUUUUGUUGAGAAUCUUACUAGUGUCAGAUGGACUUAUGAUUUAGAAGCAUCUCAAGAUGUGACUAGUGAAAACAAUGAUGCUACACUAGUACCUGUUGUUAGAAAUAGAAAUAUAUUCACCAGUGUACUUACACUUGAUCCAGUGAAGACAACUGAUGCUAGACAAUAUUACUGUCAAGCAACAAUCCUAGUAUUUGGCACUGUAGAUCGUACUAACAGAGAUUUAACUGUUCAAAUAUCUCCUCCCAGUAUAUCAAUAGUUGCUGAUCCCCCAACUGGUCCAAUAUAUGAGAGUACAGGUUACUUACUAACCUGUACAGCUACAGUAAACACUACAAUAGUGGAUACACCAGUAACUGCUAGUGUAGUAUGGACUGAUCCUAGUGGUAAUGUAAUACCAACUAAUGAAGCAAGACGUCAAGUGAUACCUCCAACUGGUAACAGUCUUGUAAGCAUGCUAUUGUUUCAACCUAUUGAUACUGGUCUUAAUAAUGAUGGAGGAACAUAUACCUGUCAAAUGAUCAUCAGUUCUGGUAACUCAUUAAUAGCAUCAAGUCAACCUACUAAUACUACCCUUAACGUCACUGUUGAAAGUCUUCCUCCAAUGACAGUAAAUUUCUCAUCAGUUGGUUCAGUUGAAGUUGGUCAGAGUCUAACGAUAAUAUGUACCAUAAGAACAGUUGAGAGAUUAGUAGUAACACCAAUGGUUACUUUCAUUAAAAUGAAUGACACAGAUAUGGAAAUGCUCUCUAACUUAAAUAGACCAUACAGUAUCAUAACUAAUGAUACUGGUUCAGGUUCAGUUACUAACUAUACUCUAAUACUGGAUCCAGUGAGGUUUGAAGAUGCUGGAAUGUAUACAUGUAUGGCUGAGUUUAAUGUAACUGGUUUUAAUGGUGCCAAUGAUCCUAGCACUGCUACUUAUGAUUCUCAAGAGGCUAGUGAUACCUUUAAUUUAACUGUUGACUUCCCACCAGUGAUUGUUACUAUAUCAAAGGAACGUGAUGAUACAUUAUAUGCAGGGACACCAUUCUUCAUUAAAUGUGACAUAAUGUUAGAUCCAUUAGUUACUAUACCAGUGACUGUCACUGAUCAAUGGACACGUGAUGGUACUAAUGUUCCUAUGGGUUCAUCUGAUGCUACUAUUACCAAGGGUUUCAAUACGAUCAAUGCAUUAUAUCAUAAUGCAACAUUAAUGUUCUAUCCAUUGGAUAAUGCUGAUGAUAGUGGAAUGUAUACUUGUAAUGUUGAAGUGACUGUGGAUAAUAGUUACACAUAUCUUAGGAAUACAUCAGCUAGUGCUAACACUUCCAUUACAGUUAUGGCUACUCCAGAGCCAGUGGUAGAGAUAGUAACUAUGGGUAUGGCUGAACCUGGUGAAGAAUACAUGUUAAAUUGCACAGUGACAGUUGUUGAUAGACUCAUAGUCUCACCAGUGAUAACAUGGACUAAGAGAUCAGCUAACAAUGUUACUAGUGUACCUCCAGUUCUUAUAAAUGUAUCUAAUGUAAUGACUUCUCUUUAUUUGAGAUUCCCUUCUCUCAAUACUUCUGAUGCUGGUCUGUAUACUUGUGAAGCCUCCAUUAAUGUUACUCAGAUAUCUAUGGUAGCAAGGAAUGAUGACACAUCAAACUUACCAUUAGAAAUUCCCAUUCCAUCUGUUGAUGUGAUUCAAUCAAAAGAAGAUUAUUUCUUAGCUGGCAGUAACCUGGUACUAACAUGUGAUAUUAGUGUUGAUCCUAAUGUUGAUACACCAUUCACUGUUAAUGUAACCUGGAACAUGACUGAUCAACAGAUCAUGAGUAGCGGUGAUUUUGGAGAUGAGAGUAGUCCUAAUUCAAUGAGGCUUCCUGAUACAGAUCGUGUUAAUAUCAGCUCCGUUAUGAUGAGAUCAGGUUUCAAUGAGUAUAGAUCAACUGUUAAUUUCACUACAUUGAGCAGUAUGGAGGAUUCAGGAACAUAUACAUGUAUUGUUACUAUAGUACCAGAUCGAGCUUAUGAAUAUGUAAUGACUUCUGAUACUAAUUACAUGAAUGUUAACUUCACUGUUACUGGUAAGUAUUAA